AAAAAAACAGGCGUGUUAUUGUUAUUAUCAUUCGAAUUCUGAAUUAUUCUUUUGGAAAUGUUUUUGUUUUGUUUUGAAAAAUGAUUGAAUUUCCCGAUAAUAUUUGGAAUCCAAUCAUUUAUUCAACUAUAACUGUUUCUACAUUAUAUUCUGGUUUUCUCUGUAUACGGCCAUGGAUCAAGAUCAAUGUCGAAUGUUGGUUCUGUAUGUCAAAACAUCGCAUAAGAUAUCUGGAUCGUAAUUCAUGGUAUUGUCCAUGUUGUCAACAAUAUAAUGGAUUCAAUGUUGAUGGUUCAUAUAAUCGUCAUAUGAACGAACAUUAUUAUCAAUCGAAUUCGAAUUAUUUCUGUCAAAAUAAUUCAAUUAUUAAUAAUCAAUUCCGAUAUGAACAUUAUCGUCUUUGUGAUGAUUGUAAUGAACGUGAAGCGAUUAAAAUUCGUAUGAUUGCUCAAUUUGUACCUGUGGAUGAACAACGAUUCGAUGAAGAAUUAUUUCAAUUUCGAAAAAAUCUUGAACAAAUGUAUCCAAUUUGUGAAAAUUGUAAUCAACUUGUUCGAAAAUUGAUUAAUGAUAUUGAUGAUUCGUGUCCUAAACCAAAAUCACCAAAUCGAAUAUCAAACUCAGCAGCAACAACAACGACAUCUUUAUUGCAUAAAAAUCAACCUGGGAAACUUUUAAAAAUUUUUGCCUAUUCUUUACUUAAUCUUUCAACAAUUCUAAUGCUAUUCAUAUUAUUCUGUCUAAAUGUUCAUGAAGAACCUGUUUCAAGUUUUGCUAAAGAAUUUCUACCAAAUCCACUAAGUCAAGUAAUCAAUUAUACUAAUCAUUAUCAUUAUAUGAUUUGUUUAGGAUUUUUACUUUAUUUUCCAUUAUUACAAAUUGAAUCAAAUCAUAUGGUUAUUAUUGAUAUUUUGCAAAUUUGUUUUUGGCUAUUAUUGAUCACUAAUCAUCAUCAUUAUUAUCAUCUAUUUUUUCUUGAUAAAUUCGAUAUAAUUCGUUUACAACGUUUUAUAAUACCAUUAUUAAUUGUUACCUAUUUGAUAAAGUAUUUCUACGCAAUAAUAUAUGAUUAUAUUUGGAUCGCUGCCAAUCACAAUCAUAAUCAUCCACUUAAUGAUACUGCUAAUAGGAAAUAUUCAAAAUCGAUAAAUGAUGAAAAAUUUAUUCGCAAUCAAAUCAAAGAUCUAUCCAUAUCAACCACUAAUGAAUUUGAUUUGUUUAGUUUAGGAAAUAAUAAUAUUAAUAAUAUUCAAUCACCAUUCACAAGAAUUUCAUCCAAAUCCUCAAAAUUUACCAAAUAUUCAUUGUUUACAAAUGCUAAUUUUAUGUCCACGAAUACAACAAUGAAUAAUGAUGAUAAUUUUUUCAAAUCAAAUAUCACUACCGCUACAACAACAACAACAGCAACAACAAUGAUGAAUAGUCCACGAAUACUUAAUUAUUAUAUUCGAUAUGAAAUUGAUCGAUCCAAUAAUAAUGAUAAUAAUUGUUGUAAGCAUCACGAUCAACAACAACAUUCAAUCAAUAAACAUUCAACAAAUAGCCUUUGUUUACAUUUAACAACGACAUUUACAUUAAUAUUAACAUUGACUAUUUUUAUCUUGAAUAUUUUCUAUCCAAAUUAUACUGUUAAUUGA